AUGGAAGCUCAAAUGGCAGUUCAGCAAGCAGAGAUGGAAGCUCAAAGGGCAGCUCAACAAGCAAAGAUGGCAGCUCAUCAAGCAGAGAUGGAAGCUCAAAGGGCAGCUCAUCAAGCCAAGAUGGAAGCUCAAAGCAAAGCUCUCCAAGCAGAGGCAGAUUCACAAAUAAAGAUUCUACAAAUGGAAGGGGAGGAAGCAGCUUCACUAGCAAGCAUAACAUCUGCAAAGAUACAGUCAUCUCCUGUACCUCCUACUAACGACACUGUUCUGACUCCCAACGCAGAGACCUCUCAGCUCUAUAUGCCUAAGCCUCUUCAAGUCUACAACGCAAGUACAUCUAUGCAGCAAACCGGAUCAACUCAUGUCAACAACAAGGUGACUUCCAGUGAUAAGCCGCAGCUCAAACCAAAGCCAGCACAAGCCUCAGAGACUACACCACAGUUAAACGCUCAUGAAACAUCAUUUUACCCUGGUAAAACUCACCCCACAUCACCAGAGAACUUUCACACCCAAGGGGUUCCACAAGUUACUUUGACACCAAGGAGUGAGAGACCAGACAUGAAUGACUUUGCCAGAUACAUGGUACGCUUUGAGCUCAUUAACACCAGCCUCUCAAGGUUUGAUGACUGUCCAGAGAGCUACAGGGCCUGGAAAUCAACCUUCAAGGCUACUAUUGCCGAUUUCAACCUUACUGCUAAGGAAGAACUUGAUUUGUUAAUAAAGUGGCUGGGACCAAAAUCUGCAUGUCGUGUUAAAAGACUCAAAACAGUACAUGUUGAUCACCUAGAUACAGGUCUUGUUGCUGCAUGGGCAAGACUUGAGCAAGCCUUUGGUAGCUCCGAAGCCAUAGAAAGCGCUCUAUUCAAGAGACUGCAAAACUUUCCAAAAAUAGAGAACAAAGACUACUGCAAGCUCCAAGAUCUAAGUGACCUCCUCAUGGAGCUAGAGUUGGCAAAUACUGACCCACCGAUUGAAUUGGGCGUCACUCUCUAUCAGCACAUACGACCCUCGAAGUCACCUGUUGCCGCUGGUUUUUUCUUUGUUAAGAAAAAAGAUGGUUCUUUAAGACCUUGUCUGGAUUUCAGGGAGCUGAACUGUAUCACUAUUCAUGACCCUUAUCCGCUUCCUCUGAUCCCAGACCUGUUUAACCAGAUUGCUGGGGCUAAAGUUUUUUCCAAAUUAGAUCUAAGAGGGGCAUACAACCUGGUCAGGGUCAGAGAAGGAGACGAAUGGAAGACGGCCUUCAAUACCCCUGAGGGCCAUUUUGAGAAUUUGGUUAUGCCUUUUGGUUUGAUGAAUUCCCCAGCCGUUUUUCAGCAUUUCGUGAACAGCAUUUUUUAUCAUUUAAUGGGAAAAUUUGUAUUAGUGUAUUUGGAUGACAUUUUGAUUUUUUCUCCUGAUAUCAAAACUCAUAAGGAACACUUACGUCAGGUCUUGCUCAUCCUGCGGGAGAAUAAAUUAUACGCGAAACUGGAAAAAUGUGUGUUUGCGGUUCCAGAAAUUCAAUUCUUCUGGUGGCAUGCGCUUCGUAAGUCGGUUGAGGGUUUUGUGGCAGCCUGCGAGACUUGCGCUCGUGCCAAAGUCCCUCAUUCACGGCCAUCAGGUCCUCUCCUUCCCUUACCCAUUCCUUCCCGUCCUUGGACACAUCUGUCCAUGGACUUCAUAAUGGACCUGCCUCGUUCCUCGGGGAAGACUGUGAUUCUGGUGGUGGUGGACCGUUUUAGCAAAAUGGUGCAUUUCAUCCCUUUUCCUGGUUUGCCCAAUGCUAAGACGCUGGCUCAGGCAUUUAUUGAUCACAUUGUCAAAUUGCAUGGUAUUCCUUCAGACAUAGUCUCUGAUAGGGGCACGCAGUUUGUUUCCAGAUUCUGGAAGGCUUUCUGUUCUCGCUUGGGGGUUCGGUUGUCAUUCUCUUCUGCUUUCCACCCGCAGUCGAAUGGCCAGACAGAGCGCGUCAAUCAGAAU